AAUUUGUGAUGGACAUUGGAAAAGAUCACCCAAAGGAAGAAUAUAAGUACAACCAUAAUAUGGACAAGUACAAGCAAACGGCUAAUGAAACUAUUAAUAAUGCUAGAAUGGAGUCAAACUAUAUAAUGCAAUCUCAAGAGAACACAAUCAGGGAUGCUCCCUCUGUAUAUGGAGAGAAGAUCCCUGUACAUCUGGAUUGUCCAAAUUGCCAUGAGAAUGUGCUUACCAAGACAAAACCCCAUAUUUCAAACAAACAAUGGAUCAUAUGCUUAGUAAUGUUCGUACUUGGUUGUGAUUUUUGAUGUUUGGGUCCUUGCUAUAUCCCCAGUUGUUAUGACUAUGAUCACCUGUGCUCAAAUUGAGGCUUUUAUAUUGGCAGUUCAAAGUAGU